AUGAAGUUCUUAACAUCAGCUCUUGCAAGUAUCGCCGCUGUGCAGGCUGCUUCAUCAUCCUAUGGGGUGAUCGAAUUCGAAAAUCUCGGUUAUUCCGGUACAUAUAAAGAAGUUGCAAAGAUCUCCGAUGUCUAUACCGAUGACUGUACUUGUAAGCUCUCGGACUCCACCACGUCAUUUUCCGGUUCCAAUGCUCCAUUGAACGAAGAGUUAUCUGUACACUUCAGAGGUCCUUUGAUCUUGUCGAAGUUCGCUUACUACGUUGCUGAAUCUUUCACCCAUGGUGAGAGUGGCACCGACGACUGGUCCAGAUUGGCCUACUACGAUGCCUCAUCGGCCACAGCAACGAACGUCACCUUCUUGAACCUUCAAGGUAAAAAUUCCACAUGUUUGGGAAUGGGUGUUACAUAUGCAAGUUCCAACGGUACUGGUGCAGCUGACUCUCCUACCGUGUUGGACGAAGGUGUUCAAUUACUCUCCGGUGAAGAAUAUAUCAUUAUGUCCAACAUAUCAUGUGAACUGUCUGGUUCGUCAAAAGAUUGUGGUAUUUACCGUACUGAUAACGAGGCCUACCAUGGAUUUUAUGGAACUACUAAAAUGUUCCUUUUCGAGUUCCAAAUGCCUACUGAAUCAACCCUCACCAAGGAAGAAGUCAGUGCCUACAAUAUGCCAGCCAUUUGGUUACUUAACGCACAAAUUCCAAGAACCUCUCAAUAUCCAACUAACUCCUAUUGUUCAUGUUGGUCAUCUGGUUGUGGUGAAUUUGAUAUCUUUGAAGUUAUGAACACAACCGAAACUUCUCAUUUAUACUCCACAGUCCACGAUUUCCAAGGUACUGGUGACAUCAGUGAUGGUUUAAUGGCUUACGGAUACCUUCCAAGAGAUUCCGAGGGAACUAUGAGAGGUGGUGUCGUGUUUGACCUGGCUGGAACUGCUGUGGUCUUUAUGUCCAACUCCACUUCCAUUGACGCCAACAUCUCAGCUUCAGACAUUAAUUCUUGGAUUUCCGAUGCUGGUACUGUUCUCACUGACACUUUGAGUUCAGUUGCUGCUGCAUCUUCAUCUAAGUCUAGUUCAAAUGGUGUUUCCAUCACCACUGCAUCAUUCUGGUCCAACAUUGUCAUUAGUGCCUUCACUAUGCUUUACACCAUGUUUGGUUAG